UCGAGAAUAACAACAUUAUAAAAAUCGAAAGCCGCUGGUAGCACUCUCAAACAAACACAGUGUUCACCAUUUCUAAAAGGUUUACCGAGUCACCCAUGGCAAUCGAGGCAUGGUUCAUGGACGAGAGCGAAGAAGAUCCUAGGCUACCUCACCAUCGCAAUCCCAAAGAGUUCGUUUCAUUGGACCACUUGGCUGACUUGGGAGUGUUGUACUGGCACUUGAACCCAGAAAACUACGAGAACGAUGAGGAAUUGCAGAGAAUCAGAGAAGCAAGAGGAUACAAUUACAUGGUACUACGCACUAAUUCUUAUCGUAUUUUUCUUUUUUCUGUUUCUGAUUAUUGA